AUGGCUUCCUGGCGUGUCUGCCUUCUGGGGCUGAUCUGCAGCCUGUUUAUGGUGGCAAUUGUGCAAGCCGGGUCGAGUUCCUUCACAGACUGCAAUACCCUCAAGGCACUUCUAGCCACAGCACAGGAUCACGAUACACUCAUUUUCAAUGGAAACAUUUCAAUUACAACCCAGGCCUGCUCCACGGGACUGCCAAUUGUCAUCGACAAGUCCAUUCAGAUCGUGGUGAACGGGGCCGGCGGGUCACAGCUGCCUAGCGACAACGCUUUUGACGGGAGAGGUGCUACCAACACGGCGUCGCUCUUCAAGAUUACCAACGGAGCCAAAGUCGACUUCGUCAACGUUGGCUUCCAGAAUGUCAAGUCGUCGGCAAAUGGCGCGGCGGUGUCUGUGGACAGCAACUCUCAGGUCACCUUCACGAAUUACGUUUUCAAGUGGCUCGAGUCGACGGCCCAGGGUGGAGCGGUCUACCUUGGAACAUCGGCUACUGCGAUCUUCACUGUGGGAACGAUGCAGUUCAACAAGGCCGCCAACGGAGGUGCCAUCUACGCUGAAAUGAACUCGAAGCUCACCAUCGUUACCAGCUUCCUGACCAACAACCACGCCAGCGUGAACGGUGGAGCCCUGGUGGUGUGGGGAGAUGCGACCGUCACGGCCUGCACCAUCGAUGCCAACACUGCCGACGUUAACGGCGCCGCCUACAGCCAGGGCGGCUCUGGGCUCGCGUUCUUUACCUCCACCGCUAUCACCCGCAACGUGGCGGGGGCCAGGGCCGCCAUCCACGUGUUCGGGGGAAAUGCCUACUUCAAGAGCGGCACGUACAUGCCAGUCAACAGUGACCCCACCGGCCUCGGUGCUCCCGACGGCUCCGCCGACUACUUCGGCGAGGCUCCUGGCUUCGCCUCUUUCUGCCCCAUGCCCAACGACCCGGUCAACCUCAACCCUCACACUCUGGCUGGACCGUACGCCGCCUCGUGCCCAGGCGUCACUGGCACGAUCACCGACUGCUGCGCUCUAGGCGCCGCUAUCGCGGGCGCCGCCAAGGGGGCCACCCUCACUGUGUCGGGGAUCGUUCAGCUGACCGCCGACCAGUGCAGCCCGUGCAACGUGCAGCUGCCUAUUCACAUCAGCCAGGACAUUACCGUCAACGGAGCGGACUUAAACCCCGACUACAAUGUCAUCACCGGGCGGACCGUGUUUGGAGCCGGCGCGUUCGUCGUGGACGAGAACGUGACGGCCAGCUUCAACAGGAUCAGUUUCAGGGAGUUCUCGCUGAACACGACCUUCGCCAACGGCGCCAUCUUCUACGUUAAGAAGGGAGCGUUCCUCUUCACCAACCUGUGCAACUUCCUCAACUCCAAGUCGUUCCAUGGAAAUGGCGGGGCAAUCUACAUGGAGAAGGACACCUACCUCCUGGCAUACGCCGACACCUUCCGCUUCAAUUGGGCGCUCAACGGAGGAGCCAUCUACGCGGAGGUUGGGUCCAUCAUCCAGGCCUUCACGUCCACGAUCGAGAAGAACUGGGCCAAGGAGAACGGCGCCGGCCUGUUCCACAAGGGCAGCAUGCUGGGAGACUACACCACCUUCAACGGGAACCAGGCGGGCCGGUUCGGUGGAGCUGUCGACAACAACGGCGGUACAGCCAUCUACUUCGGCGGGCAGUUCGGCAACAACACAGCCAUGUGCUCCGGCGGCGCUCUCUACUUGGACGAGGGCGGCCAGGUCCAGGCCCGCUUCAACGUCUUUAUCACCAACGACAUCGACGCCAGCGUCACGCCUCCGUCCGGGUGCACCCCUGACCUGGCCAGCGGCGAUGCGCGCGUGGUGAACACGGACCCGCAGACGUACCUUUGGGCGUGCCCCCCUCAGGAGGACCAGUUCGGUGACGUCAUCUUCGAGGUGUCGCCCAACACCACCGCCGCCUGGAACACCACCUGCCCGAUCCUGACGGGGCAGGGCGAGUACAUCAAGAACUGCAGCGCGCUCGUGGCCGCGCUCAAGGCGGCCGCGCCGGGCGACACGAUCCUGAUCGGCUCCACCGACACCGCGCUCAACGGCUGGUCCAACAGCGGGACCUACAUCGAGAUGAGCCCCGAAAUCUGCGGCGCGUCUCUGCCGCUGGUCAUCGACAAAUCGAUCACGAUCCGGGGGGCGGCUGACCAAGCUCUGUACAACGUGUUUACGACCCACAGCAAGUACCCCAUGUUCAUGGUUCGCCAGAACGGGUUCACGCCCGUCAAGGUCAUCCUGGAGUCCCUCACGUUCAUGGAGGCCGCGACGGCCGGUGACGGCGCGGCGGUGUACCAGGACGUCUUUACAGACGUCACCUACAGCAACAUGUACUUCACCCAGAACAUCGCGCGCAAUGGUGGCGCGGUGUUCCUGGGCCAGGGCGCGACCGCCACCUUCCAGGUCGGCUCCAUCACCCGCAACACGGCCACGGGCAACGGCGGAGGCAUCUACACGUCCGAGGGGAGCACCGUUCACUUCCGCUCGUACAGCAUCCAGGGCAACAGGGCCGUGCAGGACGGCGGCGGCGCGUUCCUGAAGGGCGACAGCGACUACCAGGUGUUCACGUACGGCAGCAACCGCGCGGGCGGCGUCGGCGGAGCGUUUAAGCUCGUCGGGCCCGUCGUUGCCAACUUUAUCGCAACCGGGGCGCUGCUCUCCAACCAGGCCGGGGUUGCUGGCGGUGCCAUCUGGGUUGACGACUGCGCGCGCGUACUGCUCCAGACCACCUUCGUGUACAGCAACAAGGUGGCGGACUCGGGUGACCGCGCCUCCGACUCUGUCUUCACCCAGCCCGCCGGCUUCACGCAGCUGUGCCGCGUUCCCAAUAUUACUUUCACCGACCCCACCGAGAACUUCAAGGGGCCUCACUCCUUCGAGUGCGCCAACGGCACUUUAUUCGCCGCGCUCGCCUGGCCUAACUACGUCAACGGAAUCUGCAACUUCACCGCUCCCGUUCCGGGCGGCGGCCAGUUCGGCGUCAAUGGAACCGCUCCCGCGCCCGCGCCCGCGGUCGGCCCCGCGCCCGGCGUUAGCAACCCGUCCUGCGACGUGGACGUCUGCUUCCCCGGCACGUGCCGCCUGUACGAGAACGGGAACAAGUGCCGCUGCCCCAAGGGCUUCGCGCGCCAGACCAAGGCGCCCGGGCCGUUCGGGGAGAGGCGGGAGGUUUGCGUCCCCGCGGCCGCUGAUCCGUGCGCCGCGCGCGAGGGCCCCUGCAAGCCCGGCAUAUGCCACGCCACGAGCACCACCACGUACACGUGCGACUGCCCCGCGCCCGACUUCGUCAGCGUCUACAAGAGGGAGCUGGCCGGGCCAGAGUGCGAGCGCAUCUUCUGCCAAGGUGUCCCUUACAAGGGCCCUCAGUACCACAGCCCUCUCUUCCGCAGAGGCCAAGAUCCCAAGCUUGAGCUUUAG